AUGGAAUCAGUUCUUCCGCCGGAGCUGAAUCCGGCUUUAAAACGGAGAAGAGAGUCGAGGUAUUACAGAAACAGCAUUGUACCUCACAGCAAUUCAAAAAGUGGUCUAAAGUUGCCAAGAAUCCAGUCACCAAAAGGGUCAUUGUCACAAAAAUUUGAACAACGACUAUCAGAUGCAAGUACACAUUCAGAUCUAGAGAAAGUAAAAAAGAAUUCCAAACACAACAAGGAAGAUUUUAAUCCAGAUAAGAUCGCGGCUGAAAUUAAAUAUGCACGGCUACAAGAAAUAUUCGAGAAGGCGGACAGUGACCAAGAACCGGGGUUAGAGCCUCACGAAUUCAGACGGGCCAUAAAAAAGACGGUAGGUGUCAAUCUUACCGAAGAAGAGAUAGAAACUUUGUUCAUGAAAGUAGAUGCUAACUGUGACGGUGUUGUAGACUGGGAGGAGUAUGUUACUUACAACCUUAUGGAAUAUCAAGAAAAAAACCAAAUGAUCGAGAUGAUGAGAGAGAAACCCUUUCCUGUAGAAACCCGUGACGUUCCGUCGAGACAUCGCGACGUUAUAGUGAGAAUAGCAUUUCUCCCCUCGAUACAAAAACGUGCAGUUCCUCAAGCGUCCAUCGACUAUUCUAACGGUAGAUAUGUUUCUCUCAGCAAAGAAGGUAUCCUCAUAUUUUGGACUUUAAAAAUGAAACGUAUCCGAAGCUUCAAUACACAUUCUGGAAUGGACCGAGCUACUCAACCUUGGCUGACAGAUAUGGUUUGUAUGUACAAUGUCAACAUGAUAGCAGUCACAUCCACCGAUCGAGAUAUCAUCAUUUUCGACCUACAGGCCAAUAAAUUCAUCAAACGGUACCAUAUAGUGGGUGUUGAGAACUGCAUAACGACGAUGUACUUCUGGGCGAAUACUAGGGAUUUGAAUUAUGCCGUUCUUUUGUGGGGUGAUACGGCAGGAAACACAUUUGCUGUCAAGUUUGACUCGUCACUGCGUGGGGGGCCGUUCGGUGCGGUCGCCGGCAAAGAUUUGUACAAGAAAGUCAGUUUACCGGAAGUGAUCAGAGGUUUUUUCAUUGGCGCGAGAGCAUACAAAUUCAGUAGAGUUCACGAUGACUGGGUUUCUCAAAUUGGUUACAUUCCAGAGUUAGAUUGUGUUGUUUCAUGUUGUCAGAGCACUAAUAAUUCGUUAUAUCUGGAAGACAUUGAAAAAAAGAAGAUUUCAACGGUAUUCAAGGUGUACAAAGGUAUCCUGAGUUUUGAUUACUGUCCUCAGAACAAUAUUAUAGUAACUGGCGGGAUGGAUUACCUCGUUCGAGUUUGGAACCCGUACGUCAACAGCAAGGCAAUUGUCAUUCUGAAAGGACACUCUAAACCAAUAACUCACGUGAUCAUCAACUCAUCCAAGAAUCAAAUCAUCAGUAUCGACAAGGGUAAAAGCAUACGAGUUUAUGACAUGAAAGACCAGACAUGUGUACAGCAGCUCAGCGGAAGAGUAGUAAAGCUUGGGCCCUUCCCGAUAUCCACUAUCUGCUUCAACCCCGAAACGCAGACAAUGCUCUUAGGAACGAACCAAAUAGCGAUGCUGGAGAAGCACUUUGAAGAGGAGAACAGGAUAGAAGUAACUUCCCAUAAUAAGCCAGUGUUUGCAGCUCUCUAUAAUAAGACAUUUAGGUUCAUCGUUAGUGCUUGCCACGAGUCAGUUGUCAGUGUCUGGGAUGUGCGGACUGGCGAAAAGGUCAUGCAGUUUAUAAAUGCCCAUAAAUGCACAGAGAGAGGCGUUGAUAUACCUAUUGAAAUUUCAGCCAUAACAUUUGACGGUCCAGAGAGGAGGUUGAUCACAGGCGCACGAGACGGCAGCGUUAAAGUUUGGAACUUCAAUAAUGGUGCAUGCCUACAAACGUUCAACAUUCCAGGUGGUCUGGAUGUUACAGGUCUGGUGAGCACGCGACAUCGGAUUUACGUCACUGGAUGGAGUCGCACUGUGCAUGUUUACAUCGAUGGUGGCGGAGAAGAACACCGAAAAGAGUGGAAGGCCAAACAUAACGAAGACAUUAUUUGCAUGUCUUAUAUGGGACCGAAUAUCAUAGCAACAGGGUCUUAUGACGGAGAUAUCGUCAUAUGGUCUAGGGACACUGGUCAAGCUUAUUGCACCCUGAAUGCGUUUAAGGGUACAAAACCGUCCACGGAAAACAACAAGAGGUUCAAGUUUACGAAGGAUGAAGAAGAGGAACUAAGAACGUUUUCAAUGAUAGAAGAAGAUGCAGCGUCUUCAGAAGAUGCCGCUGGUAAACAGAAAUCAAGCAAACGAUCCUCGAUAAAAGGCAUUAGGGUCGGAGUUGGACUUUUAAGCAAGGUACGCGAAAACAAUAGUCAAUCUGGUGGCAGACUUUCGAAGCAAUUCUGUAGGACGGAAACUCCAUGUGAGCAUCCUCUUCUGCCUCUUUUUGAUGAAAAAUUCUACACUCCAACCCCAUGCGCCGAACAACCGAACAGCCGAGUUGGUUAUGAUGAAAUAUGUAAAAGUUAUGAGGCGGCUGUUGAAAAAAUUAUUUUCUUGGAAAGACGCGAUAAUGCAGAUAAGGAAACUGCUGCUCUUUUAUCUAGCGGCGCAGAAGGAUGGGUAAGAGCCUGGUCAUUGCACCAUGAAGGUGGUCUCCUGGGUCAGUUUAACGCGUCGCACAAAGUUGGAGAAGGCGUCCACGCCAUAACAACCGAUGUAGAUAACAAAUUUCUAGUCACCGUAGACACAAUUGGGUAUUUAAAAAUUUGGGACAUCACGGAAUAUUGUAUUAAACAGAAACACACACGAAGUCAGCGAGCUGCACGAUGGAAAGAAUUGUUUGAGACAUUCAUUUUUAUGACAAUAGAUGGGCACAAUCCGCGAGAACCACCUUCUAGCUUCACUACCAAAGAGCCAAGACCAGACGGCAUUCUUAACCGUCCACCUCCUUUAAACAGUAACCCGAGGAGGACUGUACAAUGGCCUUUACUUGUGAAUUCGUUCAAAGUUCACACAAAGGUAGUUAACAGUGUCGUCUUCAUUGACGAGUUUCAAUUAAUUUGUACUUGCAGUGCAGACUGCUCGAUCCGGUUGUGGACGCUUGGUGGUCAAUAUAUAGGAACAUUUGGAGAAAGGUGGGGACCGUUUAAAGUACCACAACAGAAAUUGGAGGAAGAAACACGGGUCCCGAGGGACCUAAAGCGAACUGGGUCUGCUAGAACUUUGAAAGUUCUGAACCAGUGUAAAACACCAAGAUGGAAGACUCUCCUGGCGAAAAUGAGGAAAGUUGGAAUUCCUAGAGUAGAGACACAUGUCGAAGAACAGGCUGUUCAUGAAGAAGUACAGUUCCAAGAUGACUUGAUGGAGAAGAAACUGAACUCGAGUGCCAUACUUGGCAAAUCGUAUAAACGGAAAAUACGUCACAAAGUGCCACCGUCUCUUCCAAAGAUCAUAGAAACACUGGCAUCGGUGGCAGUUUUCCACUCAUUGCCUUUCGUGGAGUUAUCUCCGGUCGACCAGUACACCCCGUCUGACGACAUGAAAAUCCGGAAGUAUGGUGCCAACGUGCGUGAUAGAAUACGCGGCGUGAAGCGGAAGGACAAUACAGUUCCCGCUCUUGCCAUGGUGGUGAACAAAAUAACAACCAGUGGCAACAAAGUCCCUCCUCCUCGGUUCAAUGUGAAGCCAAGCAGAGUCAAGAAACUUUACCAGCAUAUGCAGGGCAAGAUGUCCGAUCCUAAUGCAGACUUUACAGCCAUUAACAGUCCAGUUGCUUCGGAAGUCAAACUCGACCUAUCCAAAACCUCACUGGAUUCAGGGUCAAGUUAA